UCAGGCAGAAAAGUUUCGAAUAAACUUAUCGCAAGCGAUUGCCCAUAUAUAUAGUGAAUAGUGAGCAACUUGCCUUUUCAUCUGAAGGAACUACGUACGACCUGGCUGUUCGGUGUUCCUCCAUAAAUUGAAAACAACGGUCAGAUAUCAUAUCCGUUCUCGUCUUCCAUUGCUUUUUUUCUUUUCCGUGGUCACUCUGGCGCGUUCAAAUCCAUCCUGAAAAGUGUUUGUCCCAAGGGAAGGCCAAUGGACGAAGGAUAGAAAGAUUUUUGGCCUCUUCCUCCUGCUCGCUUCAUGUGUUAUCUACUUUCAAACCAAACAGCCGGUUUCAACGCCUAACUGAACAGACUGAACAACCGAGUCCAGAGCACGAAUCACGAAUCACGAACCAGGGUGGACACUUGUCUUGGGCGGAAAUUGAAUUUUCCCUGAGGUUCCGGUCACUCUUGAGGCUAUUUGAUCUUUUCUCAAAGGCCAAUUUCGAGAAAACGACUAUGAAGGUCCUUCCAGAAGACACGAUGAGGGAGCAAAUAUGGAUGGACCAAUCAUACAGAUUGUCGAUGAGAGCUAUGUGGAAGAAUUGAAAGAGGAUCGUCUGCCUCCCAUGACCAUUUGUCCGUUUCCAGCUCGUUCCAACACACUUGGCGUGGCUAUGGAUAUGUCCAAUAGUUUGAUUGGGGAUGGAUGCAAUGCGACAGCCUUUGAUUUCAAUAAGUGCGUGGCAUCUGGACAUUUUCAUUUGGAGGAUUUGAUCUCGAGAACCUAUCGCUUGGCCACUCGUUCCCCCUUCAAUAAAUCAGAGAUAUGGUCUGAGGCCUCUUACAACUUUUUUAAUGGCCUUUGCUACACCCUUCAAAUUCCGGAUCUCACCCCUCCGAACCUUUGGGGCCAUGCGGUGAAUUUCGACUUCAAUCUGACCACAACCCUUAACUAUAAGUUGACUAUGGGUGGGCAGAUCCAUGAUAGCUUUGGAUACUUGACCAAUAUAGCCAUGGGCAACGAGUUUUUAAGACAAAAAGCCGUUGAGUUCAUUCCUCAACCUACCAAGUACAAUGUUGUGAUUGUGGGGAAGACCAAAAGGAUGAACAUCAACCAUCCGAAGAGCCCGUGUCAAACUGAUGAGAAAUGGGAUGUGAUCAAAUGCAUUGAAGAGUUCAGUCUCAAAGAGAUUGGAUGUGCCUAUCCAUGGAUUCGUAAGGCGGAUGUGUCGGGAUACAGGAAUUGCUCUACAUUGGAGGAUUUCAAGAAAAUGCUUCUCAAUCACCAACUGCUUUACAACACCCCAUCUUCAAAUAUGGCCAAGGUCACAGGUUGCCUUCGUCCAUGCCAUCUCCAUGGAUACCACGUUGAUCUGAAACAGAUCGUAGCCGGUAAUGGUUUUAAUGGCUCAGGCAUCAUCUACUACUUUAGCACCACCAAUAUUCAAGUGACCAAAGAGAGCUGGCUCUAUGACUCCAAUAACUUGGUCGGCGAAGUCGGAGGAUCCUUGGGCUUGUUUUUGGGUGCGUCACUUUUGUCCAUUUUUGAACUGGUCCCUUCGGUGUUAUCUCGAGCUUUGAACACUUUAAGCGAAGGAGUCAAACCGAAUAAACGUCAUCCGAAAUCCAGAAUCUGGAAGAUUUAACCUCUAAUCUCCUUUCUCCUCAGCAUGCAUUUAUUUUCCCCACGGUUGUCUAUACAAAGAAGAUUUGGAAAGUCAGCCAUUUUUGAUGUGGCCCAAUGACCCUUUUGAUGUGAAAUUUGAAAAGCCUAUAAAUUUAAAAUGUGUUCUAAAAGACUUAGAGCGUAAAAGUAUUUGAAUAAAAAAUUGCCGGAUUCAAUUAAGCCUUG